AUGAUGAUCGAAGUUAGCUUGACAAAUGACUCCAAGAGCUCCACCCCCAUCUGUUAUAUGUCCGCAAAUCAAUACAAAACCUCUCCCACCGCUUUCUCUUUUCUUUCUCCCGCGCUGGGUCUGGGCACAAGAUGCUCUCGACAAACUCUUCUCAAGCACACUGCCCGGCUUCUCGCUCAUGAUACGUUCUCUCGUCGCGUCGUUUCGAAAUUCACUUUACUUUCUCCACGAUUAGUGGGUCGUUACAGAGCACGCCAUCUUUUUCCAAAAGUAAAUCUGUCCAAAAUGCAGAUCGAGAAACCAUACGACUAUGCUGCUCUUAUGAUCCGUGUCUCCGCCGGAUUUGUUAUUUUCAUAUCGUUAUCAUUGAUACUUUUGGUAGUUGGAAAUCUCAUCUACACAAGUUUUACAGAACGAGUCAAUUUGAAUUCCAAAAGAUCCCGAUAAUCUCAAUACUUAUGCCAACCAAAAAAAAACCGCACUCUUUCCAUAAUCUUGCCACGUCAUUAAAUCGUUCCCAAUUGUGUUACCUAUAACUUAUUGAUUUGUGGUGAAUAAAAAACAAGUAUCUCUCUGAUAAAACAACCGAUCCAAUGCGCAGAUAAAAAGGUGAAGGUCUCUCAUCUGCGUCUCUCAGGCUUCGGACUGCGCGGCAACAAAACCUGAAGAGGAGAUGUGGCGGUAGCCACCGAGAACGGAAUAAACUAGAU